GGCCCCAUGGCGCUGACAGGCUGGGUCCCGCUGCUCGUGGGGUUUCAAGUCCUUCGCUUGGCGCUUGGACAGUGUCCUGAGGAAUGUCAGUGCUCCAAAUCAGCCCAAGUGGUGUGCUCAGGAGCAGAGAUCACGCAACUUCCCAGCCCCAUCCCCGCCAACGCCAUGAGCCUGCAGAUAAUCAACACCCGCAUCGCUGAGCUGGGGGACACUCCCUUCGGCAACGUCUCCAUGCUGAUUGCGCUGAGAAUUGAGAAGAACGACCUGUCUCGGAUCAGCCCCAGAGCCUUCCAGGGCCUGGCUGCCCUGCGCUACCUCAGCCUGUCCAGCAAUAAGCUGCAAGAACUGCCCGUGGAGCUCUUCCAAACCUUGGGGAAACUCGAAUCGCUGCUGCUGUCGGGCAACCAGAUCCUGCACAUUCAGCCCUCCCACUUUGCCCAGCUCAGCAACCUCAAAGAGCUGCAGCUGCACGGGAACAACCUGCAUUCCCUCCCGGAGGGGGUGUUCGACCGGCUGCCCAGCCUCACCAAGCUCAACCUGGCCAAGAACAGCAUCGCCGCCCUCCCGGCCAAGGCCUUGCGGAGGCUGCCGAGGCUGCAGGUGCUCCGGCUGUACGAGAACCAGCUCCGUGAGAUCCCUGCGGGCGCCUUCGACAGGCUCCGGGAGCUGCAGGAGCUGGGGCUGCACCAGAACCAGAUCAGGCGCCUGUCGGCCGGGCUCUUCGCGCACAAUGGCCAAUUGCAGAAGCUCUUCCUGUCCAACAACGUGAUAGCAGCUCUGCCCCCGGGGGUCUUCCUGCACCUGCCCGAGCUCUCCAAGCUGACGCUCCAUGGGAACGCGGUGCGAAACAUCGCCCCUGGGGCCUUUGGGCCCAUGCCCAAGCUGAGCGAGCUGUGGCUCUAUGAUAACCAGCUCACCACCCUGCCAGACUUCGUCUUCAGCAACCUCACCCAGCUGCAGCUGCUGGUUCUGAGCAGGAACCAGAUCCACACCAUCUCCACCUUUGCCUUCCAGGGCCUGAGCGAGCUCCUGGAGCUGUCUCUGCACACCAACGCUCUGCGCACCUUGGACGGAGCGCUCUUGCAGGGCCUGCCCAAGCUGCAGAACAUCUCCCUGCAGAACAACCGGCUGCGGGCCCUGCCGGGGGACCUGUUCCAGAACGCCACUGGGCUGCUGAGCCUCCAGCUGCAGAACAACUCCCUGGAGAACCUCCCCGCAGGCCUCCUCGAUCCUCUGGCCCAGCUGCGCCACGUGAAGCUGCACGACAACCCCUGGCGUUGUGACGCCAGCAUCCUGGCGCUGAAGAACUGGCUCCGAGUCAAUCAGCUGAAGGUGGGGGACAGCCGGCCCGUGUGCGCCCUGCCGCUCCUCGUGAGGGGUGCCCCAGUUGUAUCAUUUGAUGAGGGGCACUUCUCCCCGGAGACCCCUUCUGGGGCCCCGACAUACGGGCCAAACCCCACCUCCUUUGGUCACCCAGAAACGUCACCCUACGCCCAUCCAUCCGACCAGGCUCAGGAGAAAGUUCCACCAACACCCUUCAGCCCCUCGCUGGCCAACCAGCCAAGCGCAGGGACGGAAAGUGGGUCCCUGACCAGGCCACCGGCCGUCCCUGGCGUCACCCAGAGGGGGCUGUGGGGCCUGACUCGCACUCAGAGCGGGGUGGUGGUCGCUGUCAUCACGCUGGGCUGCCUGGCUGUGCUCUGCACGCUGGUGGGGCUGGUAGCCUACAGCUGCAGGAAGAGGAGCCAGGUGGUCCUGAUGCAAAGGAAGGGGCAGAACAAAGCAUAG